AUGGGCGAAGUAAAGCCAAAUAAGCCUAUUGUUUUGAAUGCCGACGACAUCAUCAGCACUGCUUCCGAGCGCUUCCCAGACACCAGCGCUGGUGGCGACGUUACAUGGAGAACAUUAAUCUCAACACCAAAGACGCGCACAAACACCUUUACCGUUGGCAUUGCUACAUGCGCUCCAGGCGUCUCAGCCGGGUGCCAAGGCCAGCUUAAGCCUCACCGUCACAAACAAGCGGAGAUCUAUCAUGUCACCUCUGGUACGGGGAUAGUGACGAUUGAUGGGGACGAGUAUGAAGUAGGCAAAGGGAGCGUGGUGUGGAUACCAGGUGAUGCUGAGCAUGGGGUUCGGAAUAUCGGAGGAGAGGAUUUGAUAUGGCUGUAUGCCUUUGCUACAGAUGGAUUCGACGAUGUUGUCUAUCGGUUCAAUGAGGGUGAACGUGGGCAUGGUAAAGAAGCAGCAAACACCAGAGCGAAACUGUAA